AUGUUUGGAUUCGGGGAACACGAACAAGUGUACGGUAAUCAACACGAAGGUAAAUUUUCUCAUGAAUUAGUUGCCGGUGCUGCUUCUUUUGAAGCUGCUAGAAUCUUUGAAAACAGGCAAAGAGAUGAAGGAAAGCCAGUUUCACAUGCCUUCGCUAAAGAACUUCUUGCAGGAAUUGCUGGUGGUGAAGUUGACAAGCUUUUCGAAACCAAGGGCUUAGACUACUUGGACAGAGACAAGGCAAAACAACAAGCUCAACAACAAGUUCAACAAGGCUACGACCAGCAUUACGGUCAACAAGAACAAUGGCACCCAAAUCAAAGACCACCAUUCGAUUACCAAGAUCAAAGAUACAACUAUAAUUAG